AAAUGCAUUUCCUGCACCACAUUUUCUCUCGUCCACGGAAACGUACGAGAAGUACGAAAGAUCACAUAACCGUGAUUCCGGUCACAUGCCCGUUUCAGCUUCAGGUGUUACACCUGUAACCUACCUCAAUGAAUACAAAGUUGUUACACGAACUCCAGUACCUCCGGAAGAAGUAAUGGUACCGCUGCCAAAGGAACAGAUUAUCUCAAAGCAAAAUAUGCAACCUUUCAUAAAAAAGCAAAGUUAG